AGUAGCGGCUGGGAGGCUUGGGUCGGGACGUUACCUGACUCUGCGACGCUCUGCCACCGAAGGCUAGGCUUGCGGCCAUCGGCGACGUUCGUCGUUUCAGUUUCGAAACCUCCGCCUAAAUUGUGGGCGUUCCUGCUCGAGUUAUUACGAGUUUUUGUUUGAACGUAGUUUGUUGAGAAGUUUGUGGUGGGAGUGUGUGCAACUGUGCUUGAAAUUCACCUGACGAAGGAAAUGAAGGGAAAAUGCCAGAAGCAACCUCUCAGUUCAGAAUUAAUAUGCUGCUAUGAUAAGAAUGGUCCGCGUGAUAAAAAUCCAAAUCUCCCUAAGAAAGUACUUAUUCUUCUUCUGUCUCUGGUUACACGAGAACUGAGGGGUGUCGUCACACUCAUAGAUGACAGACGUACGCAGUCGCAACGCACCAUGGUCAUUCGCAGUGAUGGCCAACGAUGCGGCUCUCUGGAGGUGGCCGUGCUGAGCUACGAGCAGGUGCGCCGCCUCAACGACGUGAUGGACGAGGUGGUCAGCAUCCACGGGCGCGGCAACUUCCCCACGCUGGAGGUGCGGCUGCGCGACCUGGUGACGGUGGUGCGUGCCAAGCUGGAGGCGGAGACGGCAUCGGGCGGCGCGGGCAUGCGCGUGCGGGACAUCCGCCUGAACGGCGGUGCCGCCUCGCACGUGCUGGCCACGGAGUCGCAGCCCUACAACGACCUGGACCUUAUCUUCGCCGUGGAGUUGUCUGGCGGCCGCGACUUCGACCGCGUCAAGGCGGCCGUGCUCGGGUCUCUCUUCGACCUCCUCCCCGAGGGCGUUAGCCGCAAGCGCAUCACCACGUGCUCCCUGAAGGAGGCGUACGUGAGCAAGAUGGUGAAGGUGAACAACGACGGUGACCGCUGGUCCCUCAUCUCCCUGGGCAACUCGCGCGGCCACAAGAACGUCGAACUCAAGUUCGUCGACUCGAUGCGACGGCAGUUCGAGUUUUCCGUAGACUCUUUCCAGAUCGUGCUCGACUCCUUGCUGCUGUUCUACGAGUGCAGCGAGCUGCCGAUCGGCGAGAACUUCUACCCCACGGUCGUGGGCGAAUCCGUGUACGGGGACUUCCAGGAGGCUCUGUACCACUUGCACAAGAAGCUGAUCGCGACCCGCCACCCCGAGGAGAUCCGCGGAGGCGGACUGCUCAAGUACUGCUACCUGCUGGUCAAAAAUUACAGGCCCGCCCGCCCGGAUUACAUCAAAACUCUGGAGCGGUACAUGUGCUCGCGCUUCUUCAUAGACUUCAGCGACAUCCAACAACAGCGCGGCAAGCUUGAAAACUACCUGUGGAACCACUUCGUGGACCCGGAGGAGGAGGCGCUAAAGUACCAGUACCUGAUGCUGCUGCACAGCGUGGUGGAGGAGUCGACGGUGUGCUUGAUGGGCCACGAGCGCCGGCAGACGCUGGACCUCAUAAAAGAGCUGGCGUACCACGUGCUCUUCCAGGAGCAGCAGCGGUUGCUGACGCAGCCCGCGGCCCUGCUGUACGCCAACGGCUACUACUACGCGCCUGUCAUCCCGUACCCGUGCACGUGCGCCGCAUGGAUGGCGUGCUCGUCGUGA